CGCUGAUCAUGUUGAAACAUUAUGUAAAACAAAGUAGAAAACGUGUACGGAUUAUGCUAAAUAUAACUAUCUAGGCACCAUAGAAGACAGAUUGUGGAUACAAUUGACUAUAAGAUGAUGAUCAACAAAAGAAGAGUAUAAAAGGUGCAACUUUUCCUUUUCGUCUAUAGGAAAGGAGUUCUUCAAAAGAUAAAGUUUCAUCAUUGUCAUUCUUUUCAUGAUGCUAAGUAGUUACAAAAUGAAAUAAAACGGUUUAGAAAAAAGCUGAGAAUAAAAUUCUUAAUGUUAUACACACACGAAUGUAUUUCCUAUUGUAGGAAAUUUUAGAAGAAAUAUCAAAAAUAGUUUUGGAAAGUAACAAAAUGAUUAAUUUGUACGAGACACGAAAUCGAAUCCAAACAAUGAUGAUUUUGAUCACUUGCUCUAGUGUUGUUAUAGUUGGCUUUAUAGAACUGCGACUGAACUUUCCAGUGGUAAAAACGUUGCCUACGCAUUUAACAGAUAGUGUAAUAAAGUUCAGAAACGACCCCCAUGUCAAAUACAUGAAUGUUUCAGUUUACAAAAUCGGAAUACUAAUCCCAUCCACGACAAGAUAUAUUACAAAGCCAUCGUUGAAUAAAUUGAGUCUUACCAAUAAAUGUAUACCAUCCAUAUUAAAAUUCAUUGAAAAGAAAUAUAAUUUUCUUAUUUACAUUGGAGUUGAUAAAGGUGAUUAUCUUGAAACAGUUAAGCAUAAACUUGAGACAAUUUUUGAUAAAAUAAAAGUUGUAGUAACAAGUGGCGGAUCAUUUACAAAAACUGCAAAUGCAAUAGCUAGAGAAGCUUAUACAGAUGGUAUGGAUUAUUUAGUUCGUAUAAAUGAUGAUACAACGUUUGAAACAAACAACUGGAUUUCCCAAGGAAUAAAAGUAUUACAGAACUUUUCUCCACCGAACAUAGGCGUUGUAGGACCAACUUGUAGACAGGGAAACACCGCCAUUCUAACACACGAUAUGGUACAUCGGACACAUUUGGAGAUUUUUGAUUUUUACUACCCUCCAUACUUUGAUAAUUGGUGGUCAGAUGAUUGGAUAACAAGGGUGUACCAACCGAAUCGAUCAACUAAAUUAAACACAUGGGUGGUGAAUCAUCAUUUAUCUGCACAUAACACUAGAUACAAAGUGGACUUCAAACAACAUUCCCGACUGAAUAAGACUUUAAUGUUUGAUACAGAAAGACUUUCGGAAUAUCUUGAAAGUCAUAACCGAUCACAAACCACCCUUUGAGGCUUCUUCUUUACCGAAUGACAUUUAAUUUUUUGGUGAAGAAUAUUGUCAAAGCCAAUUAUGAAAUAGAUAAUGUAUUUAAGGGUUGUUACAAUGGUUUGCUGCAGUCAUAAAUUGAUUAACUAUUCUAAAAAUAUUUUUAACUUCGGGAUAUAUAUAUUCAGAAUAUAAGACAGUUUUGAAUCAUCAGUUUCGAUAUUGCUAAAAAGUUAAUAUUGAUUAGAAAUCUGUUCAUUAUAUGAAUGUAAACAUCUCAUACUAUAUUUUUCAUACUUUUAUAGAAUAACUCCCCUUGUACCUUCUGUUUUGUAUAAACUUUUUUCUCAUGGAUAAACUGUAUAUUAGUUUUCAAUUUAAAGUUUGCAAGAUUGACAUUGAAUAAAGUGGGUUUUUUACAAAUAUACACUGUUUUUAAGCGAUUUUAGGCGAUUUUACAUUGUAAAGACAAAACCUGACAACCACCUUUCUUUGAAGACAGACAGAAAAUUCAGUCAGUUCUCAAUUGUGAAAUAAUCAUAAGACCAAAAAUAAUCUUAAUAACAAUCUUUUAAUUUUGAUGGGCAUUAUUUUAAAAUCUUGUUUAAAUAUGUCAAUUAUAAUCGAAAAAGAAAUAGAAUAAAUAUAAUCCACUUCAUGUAUUACACUUGUUUAAAUGCUUUAUACUAAUAUAAAUGAAAUAACAUAUUUUUUAAAAACUCAUCUGUUUUAAAAACAAAUUGAUUGCUUUUGUUCAUAUUUACAUAAAGCUUUAUGUUGCAAAAAUUAAGAGACUCAAAAUUAGCAUGUUUGCAUUCUUUG